ACCCGACAAGGUGAGACUACAGAACACAUCGCUUAUUAAUGAAGAAAAACUCUUCUAUAGAAUCGCACUUCGGAAUAGCCUAAAAUAAGACUGAGCUUUUAUGCACGGGAAAGUUACUACUCUUCAACUUUAAUCUUCGGACAUGCCACCUCAAAUGGAUUAUUAUUAUGAAGAAUCCCGCGUCCCCUCUUCAUGCGGAUUGAUAAACCAAGAGGCCGGGUUGGAGAGGGAGUCAGCGCCGGGGUUGGAGAGGGAGUCAGCGCCGGGGUUGGAGAGGGAGCCAGCGGCUAUCAGCUGUAUGCUGGUGGGGGACGGUGCGGUGGGAAAGACAAGCAUGGUAGUCAGUUACACCAGCAAUGGAUACCCCACGGAAUACAAACAGACCGGCUUUGAUGUCUUUUCAGGUCAGGUCCAAGUAGGAGGAGCCUCAGUCAGAAUACAACUACUGGACACAGCUGGACAGGAGGUGUUUGACGAUUUCCGCUCCCUCUCCUACUCCCACACGGAUGUCUUCCUGCUCUGCUUCAGUGUGGUCAACCCCACCUCCUUCCACAAUGUCACCCACAAGUGGAUCCCAGAGAUCCGAGCUUGCAACCCCUCAGCUCCCAUCAUCCUCGUGGGCACCCAGUCCGACCUCCUGCUGGACGUCAACGUCCUGAUCAACCUGGCCCGCCGCGGGGUCAAACCGGUGCUGACCAAUCGGGCGCGGAGCGUGGCGGUGAAGAUCAGAGCGGCGGACUAUGUGGAGUGUUCUUCGUUGACGCAGAAGAACUUAAAAGAGGCGUUCGACGCGGCCAUCUUUGCUGCCAUCACACACAAGGCCAGGAAGGAGAAGAAGAGGCAGCUGUUGGACAGACGCAGCAAGGCCUUCUCUAAAUGCAGCUGGAAGAAGUUAUUCUGUUUUAUCUGAGAUGAGAUCCCAUGGGUCCUGGACAGAAUAAUGACUAUUAUUAUUUAUUAACUUAUGAAGACUUACUAAGAACUUGUAGCUUUGGAAUCGUCGCAGAAUUUGUAAAUGAACUGAGUUCUACUGGUAGUCCUGGACUGAAGACAGUGGUAUAGCGUACUUCACUAGCCCUUGCAGGUAACCAAGUAAGAACGGGUACUGAAGCGUAAUAAAGACAAGAGAAAAUCAAAACCCAGGACAUUGAGUACAUCUUGUCAGUGGGACAAGGCUGUCAUGUAAAUGUUGUGAAUUCCUUUGCAUGGUCUGGAUUGGUGCCUUCUCCAACCUGAGAGCUUUACUGCGCUGCCUCUGUGUGAUAGUCAGAGAGUCAGUGGGUUGUGAGAGAGAAGGAUCUUUUUUAGGUCGUCAGGUGUUGGUUGUUAGCCUUUUCUCAUUUGCAUUUUUGCUGCCCAGCCACACAAAACAAGGCUUAUUCAUAUUCAACCGUGUAUGUAGGCUGAAGUCACAGCGCUAGGCCAGGUGCUACCUUCUUACCUGUGUGUGACCUGGGAAUGGCUGACCCAUU